GCUUUAUCCGGCUCCGGUGCUUUGCUUUCCCCUUCUCCCCCUUCCCUGGUCCCUGCAGAUGGCGAUGGUGCUCCGGGAAGGAUGCGGAGGCUUCCCCGCCUUCCCCCCGCCCUGCCCGGGUUGUGCUGGGGGCCCGGAGGGUGUGUGCGAGCCGAGCCGGGUCCCGCUGCCCCGGUCCCGAUCCCGGUGCGCGAUGUGAGCGCAUCCGCACCAUGGCCCGGCAGAGAGACCUGGACAAGCUGCUGUCGGACCUGCGCUCCUUCCUGCUCAUCCUGGACCGGGAAAGCCUCAGCUCCGUGGCUCGGGAUAAGAAGAAGUCGGUGGCUGAGCUCCUGUCGCGGCUGCAGAGCCCCUCGAGUGAACGUGGGGAUGCAGAGUACAUGAUCAUGCGCUGCCUCUCGCCGUCCCCACAGGGCCAGCCCAGCCCUGGAGCCAGGAGGAUGGAUGCAACAGGAGGAAGAACCUGUGAGUGCCACACAGGCAGGACCCUGAGCCUGCAUGGAGGGAGCAAGGUCCCUGGUGUCUCACGGUCCCCACCAACCGAUGACUCCUAUGAAGAUGCUGAACCCCUCGGUCCCAGCCGCUGCUCCGGCGGUGCUGACACCGACAGCAGCCACUAUGAGUCGUACGAGGAGGAUGAGGAGGGUGUGAAGGACCGUGCCCAUUACCUGCGGCGGCCGGCGGGCACCGGCCGCGAUGCUGAGCCCAGCGGGCGUCCCGAGGCGCAGCUCUGCGGCUUCCUAUGGAGGAAGCGCUGGCUGGGGCAGUGGGCGAAGCAGCUCUUCAUCAUCCGUGAGCAUGUGCUGCUGUGCUUCAGGUACGCUGCUGACCCGCAGCCGGUGCUGGAGCUGGACCUGCGGGGCUGCCAUGUCACCUGUAAGGCCAAGCGAGGCAAGAAGAUGCCGCACACCCUGAAGGUGAUGGGGACAGCAGGAGAGGUGCUCGUCAUCGGCUUCCAGAGCCGGCAGCAGGCUGAGGACUGGAGGAAGGUGAUCGAAGAGGUCAGCAGUGAUGCCCCGGGUGGGCUGGCAGCCAUCAGCACAUCACCACCAUCCUCCAGGCUCAGCAGGGCUGGCAAGGAGGAAGAGGAGGAUCGCUCAGGGCAGAGCCCUGCCCGCAGCCCGCGGGCCGGACAGGACAAUAAAGGAGGGAUCCUGUCGGUGCGGCUGCGCGGGCGCUGGCAGCGGCUGUGGUGCGCGGUGCGGCACGGAGCCCUGCGCAUGGUCCCGGAGCCCAGCAGCGCUCAGCACCCCGGCUGCGCCCUGCGCCUGGACCGCUGCGAGGUGACCCCCGGCACGGCCCCCGGCUCCCCCCAGCGCCUCCGCAUCCGCAUCGCCCAGCGCGGCCGGGAGCUGGCCCUGCUGCAGACCCGUUCGGAGGAGGAGAGGGAAGCCUGGUUGAAGACCCUGCAGGCCAGGGGAGGAGCAGAACCAGACAGCAACAGUCCCCACAAUGACAAACCCAGGCUGGGCAAUGCCAGCAGCUGCCCUGCUGCAGGCGGGCUGCUCCAGCGCCGUGUCCCAACACCCAAUGCCUACAUGGACGAUCCCUUUGGGCAGCUCCCAUCAGCUGAGGCUCCCAAGCAUCUCUACUCCAACAUGGAGCGGCUGCAGCAGCUGCAGCAGAGCUUGGACCGAGCAGUGCAAGGGCAGCGCAGGAGGCCCAUGUCUGCGCUGCCCAUGGGUGCCUGCAGCAGCACCCUGCAGUCAGCACCAGCAGCAGCUCCCCGGAGCAGGGCAGCCAGCCCGCAGUGGGUGAAGGUGAGCUCCAACCUCUGGAGCAAGGAUCUCUCCCAGUCCCAGCGCACCCUGACUCUGCCAGAGAGGAAGGGAACUCGGGAUGGGCUGGAUAUCCUCAUCGGGAAAAGAGCCUUCCCGAAGCUGGAAGAGAAGGGGGGGCAGCUGGAGAGGACCUGCCGCAUGAAGGGCAGGCUGAAAGCCGGCUCCGAGAUGAACCUGUUGGCCAUCGGCACGUCCCUCAAGGGCCACAUCGCUGCCCCCGGCGGCUCGGCCGGCUCCGAGCAGGGCUCUGUCCUGGCGCCGCUGCUGAAGCGGACGGCAUCGGCUCGGAGCGCCCUGAGGUCACCUCCGUCCCCACUCGUGGUGGAGAGGGGAAGUGUGCGGCAGAAGAGAAAGGAGUGGGAGAUGAAGUCUGCGAUGUGACCGGCGCCGCAGCAGCUUCGGGGCACCCCUCAGCUGAACGGGGGCUGCAUGUGGACCGUGCAGGACCCGCCUGGUGCAUGGGUUUAACCAUCAGUAUCAACGCUACAACUACGCACAUCUAUUUUUUAUAUAGAUAUAUAUA